AUGUUUCAUGUUAUUCUUCUCUCAACGCAUUCUGUUUCUACUUGUGUUUCUCUAUCAAUCUCUUUCAUGCUGAUUUUUUCAUUAUUAUUCUUUUUUUCUCAUUCGUUGCCUUAUGUUUGCUAUUUUAUUCCACCAGUAUUCUGCUUUUUUCUUUUCUUUUUCUCUUCCUUUGUUGUCUCCAGUAUUAUAUUUUUAUUUCCCGCUCACUCUCUCUCUCUCUCUCUCUUGCUGAUCUUCUUCUUUCCCCUCUUCAUCUUCUUCUUCGUUCUUUAUUUCAUUCCACUAGCAUUGUAUUUCUCCCUCACUCUCACUUUCCACUCUCUCUCUCUCUCUCUCUCUCUCUCUCUUGCAGAUUCGUCUUUCUGCUCCUUCUUGAAUGAUUUCUUUUCUCAUUUUCUCUUAUUCGUAGUCUUUCAUUUUCUCUUUCAUUCCACUAGUAUUGUAUUUUUCUCUCUCUCUCUCUCUCUCUCUCUCUCUCUCUCUUUCUUACUUAGUCUGUAUUUUUCCUUUCUCUUUCUUUUUCUUCUCCAUUAUUGGAUCUCUCUCUCUCUCUCUCUCUCUCUCUCUCUCUCUCUCUCUGAUACCUUCUUAUUUUCUUUAAUUAUUUAUUUUUCUUUCACAUUUUUUCUUAUUCGUUGUCUUUCCUUUCAUUUUCUCUUUCAUUUUCUCUUUCAUCCCACCAUUUUCAUCUUCUUUCUUUUUCAUUUAUUUUGUCUUUCGUUCCCUAUUUCCACUAGUGUCUCUCUUUUUCCUUUCUUUUUCUCUCUUUUUUUAACGACUCUUCAUCAUCUCUUUCCGUUCAUUCUCUCUCUCUCUCUCUCUCUCUCUCUCUUUUUCCUUCUCUCUGAUUCUUCUCUAUUCUUUCUUACUGUUACAUUUUCUCCCCCAGUUCUCAAACUACUUCUCAUUCACCGCCUUUCCUCCCUAUUUCUUUCGAUCUGUUUCAUGCCUUUUUUUUCUCUUUUUCAUAUUCUUUUCAAAGAUUCUUCUUCUCACUUUGCUCUCUGUCUUUCCCUCUUCCUCAGAUUCUUUUUUCUUAUUUCUUAUUAUUCUCUUUUCCCUCUUUCUCUCUCUUCAUUCGCUCUCUCCGAAUCUCUGUUUCUUUCUAAAUGUUUCCUGUCACAGCCUCUCUUUUAUCCAAAAUUUUUCAUCGCAUCCUCCUCACUCGCUAUCUCUCUUCUCCCUCUCUCUCUUUUUUUUAUUCUCAUUCCACUCUCUUUAAUUUCUUAG